GGCCAGGGCCCCCUCCCUCCAACUUGACCCAGUCCCCAAACCAUCCCUUCCCCUCCCCCCACUGCUCUCAGUAAAAGACCCUAGAAACUUCCCCUCAAGGGAGGGAGAUGAGAGAAAGUGUUCUCCUCUAAUGUGGUCCUACCCCCAUCAUUCCCUCAGGGGGGCUGGGUGAGCUGGCUGGGUAAGGGUAAGGCCCACAAGUGGGAUUGGGGUGUCUGGGUAGAUCUGAGGUGUCUGAGUGGACCAGAAGCAUCUGGACUGGGGUUUUCUGGGGAGACAGGGUAGAGAGGGGUACCUGGGUGGGUUGGGGUAUCUAGGUGGGCCAGGGCUGGCUUGGGGGCAUCAGAGUGAAUGGCAGGUGACUGGGUGGACUUGGGGCAUCUAGGGAUUGGGGAUAUGUGGGUCCUAGAGACCUCUGGGGAAAAGUGGGUGGUGGUUCCCUGGAAGGUGUAAAAGGGGAAUUGGGUAGGAGAUUUCGGGGUGUGGGGCAUCGUUCUGCACAUGGCUGAAGGGCCCAGCCACUCUCAUGGAGCAACGGAUGGGAAAGCAGUCCUCGCACUGCUGUUGGGCCCUCCCGGGCCAGGAAAGAGCCGAUGCGGUGGGCAGAGCCAUCUUCCUCCCAAGCUUUCACACCAGCUGCAGUCAGCUCCGGAGCAGCCCCAACAAUCGCCUGAUGGGGAAAGUGAAGGCAGAGCCCAGGCCCCGGGCCCCCAGCAGCCCAUCCGUGGUGCAGGGGCUGCGGCACCACUGAGACCCCCCAUCAGUCUCCCCUGUGCUGGGAUGCUGAGGACGGGGAGUCAGGGAGUCCUCGCUGGCCACCGGGCUUGGAGGAGCCCACGAAAGAGGCGCCAGCCAUCCAACAUGCAAGAGGUGGUCCUGAGCCUGCUCAUCUUCCUGGCAAGCCUGCCUGCCCUGGCCGCCAAUGACCCAGAAGAUAAAAACAGUCCCUUCUACUAUGGUCUCUGCUCAAAUGUGGCCCCUCCAAGAGGCCUUCCCUGACUACUGUCCCUCAAAGAGCCACCCUCUGACUUUCUGUCCACUGGUCCUGCUUAUUUGUCUUCAGACUGCUUAUCUCCACCUGACCCUCCGUGAAACCUCUUGUCGUUUGCUCAUGUGUGAACCAGAAUGUGAGCACAGGAGGGCUAGGGGUCUGUCUGUUUUCUCCACUGCUAUA